GCAUCCUGGAAGUGAGACGGGCUGUAAACUCUCCCUGCAUUGAAGUGCUAAGGCCCGCCCUUCUGUGUGGUUUGGAAUAGUCGAGUCGGGAAGUCUACGAUGGUGCGCUGAUGCUGGCAACGCUUGCUCGACUGAUAUCCUAACCAAAAUAUCCUUACGUACACCUGUGAUAACGCAUCGAUGACACUGGAUUUGGUUCUCUCAGUUAGCACUGUCUAUUAAGCUUCCUGGAAGUGGAUCGUGGUGCAGUAAACUGAUAUUACGCAGAGUUGCGCGACUAGCCUAGGCUAUUAUUGCCUUGUUUCAACAUUUUCAAAAUGCACCGCGCACUGAGACUGUUCUUGACAGAAGGGCACUGUUGGGAUGACUCCAGUCGAAAGACCUAUGCUGAACUAUUCGAAAAGCUAGACACUAACAAGGAUGGAAGAGUGGACGUCGCAGAGCUCAGAGCUGGACUCAUUGCAAUGGGCGUCUCGUUUCGAAAAGGGGCAGCUCAGAAAAUAGUUGAUUCUGGUGAUAAAAACAAGGAUGGAGGACUGGACAUCAACGAAUUCUCCAGAUAUCUCAAAGAGCAUGAGAAGAAAUUACGCUUGACAUUCAAAAGCCUCGACAAAAACAAUGAUGGUCGCCUUGAUGCCUCGGAGAUCCAGCAGUCUCUAGGAGAGUUGGGGAUGGAUAUAUCAAAAGAGGAAGCCCGAAAGAUACUCCAGAGUAUUGACAUAGACGGCACCAUGACGGUAGACUGGAAUGAGUGGAGGGAGCACUUCCUGUUCAACCCUGCCACUAACCUAGAAGACAUCGUACGCUACUGGAAGCAUUCUUCUGUGCUGGAUAUAGGGGACAGCCUUGCCAUCCCAGAUGAGUUCACAGAAGAGGAGAAGACCACCGGCAUCUGGUGGAGACAGCUGGUUGCCGGGGCAACGGCUGGGGCUAUCUCACGCACAGGCACUGCGCCGCUGGACAGGAUGAAGGUGUUCAUGCAGGUGCACUCUUCAAAGUCAAACAGCAUCAGCCUGGUUGGUGGCUUUAAACAAAUGAUUAAGGAAGGAGGAGUGGCUUCCCUUUGGAGGGGUAAUGGAGUCAACGUCUUAAAAAUAGCCCCCGAGACGUCCAUCAAGUUCAUGGCAUAUGAACAGUAUAAAAAGCUGUUGUCGUCUGAAGGUGGGAAAGUUGAGACUCAUCAGAGGUUCAUGGCUGGUUCCCUGGCUGGAGCUACAGCCCAGUCUGCUAUCUAUCCCAUGGAGGUAAUGAAGACCAGGCUGACGCUGCGAAAGACGGGUCAAUACUCAGGAAUGUUCGACUGUGCCAAGAAGAUCUUGCAGAAGGAAGGCAUUAAGGCUUUUUACAAAGGCUACACUCCAAACAUCAUCGGAAUCAUUCCCUACGCUGGGAUUGACCUUGCCGUUUAUGAGAGCUUGAAGAAUAUGUGGUUGUCACGAUAUGCCAAAGACACAGCCAACCCCGGCAUCUUGGUACUGCUAGGUUGUGGGACUAUAUCAAGCACAUGCGGGCAGCUUGCCAGCUAUCCGCUUGCCUUGGUGCGGACACGGAUGCAGGCUCAAGCAACUCUGGAUGCAGGUGAACAGACAUCGAUGCGCACCCUUGUGAAGAACAUUGUGGCCAAAGAUGGGUUUUUUGGUCUCUACCGUGGCAUCCUGCCCAAUUUCAUGAAAGUCAUUCCUGCCGUCAGUAUUAGUUAUGUGGUAUACGAGUACACUAAAACAGGACUAGGGAUAUCAAAAUGACAAGGGGAGGGCUGUCCUGACUGAAACACAGUUAUAAAUGCUGUAAAUGUGAUGAGAAAAACUAACAGGAAUGAGUGGAAAAAACGUAAACGCUCUUUCGAUGACCAAAGUUGGGUUUACCAUGGCAAUACGAUGGGUAAACAGUUGCAUGUAUCUCAGUGUCAAGCCUGUUCAAGGCAGAUGCGUGUUUGGAAGAUGUUUUAUGAAAUAUUGUCAUUAUUUUAUGCCCUGUAGGACUGCUUGAAAUGUUUGUCUUGUAUGCUCAUUGUUUACAUGAGGUCAGAGCACUGAUGUUUUAGCAUGUUGUGUGUGUGAGACUUUCAGACAGUGGCCUUAUCCUCCGUGUUAAGGAAAAUGAAGCAUUACUUAUAGAGACACGUAUGACCUAAGCAAUAAUGUGAACAUUAAAAUAUUAUUUUAUAUCAUA